GAGCUGCUGCCCGUUGUCACGGUGAUAAAUAAGCCAGUGUCCAAACACUGACGUCUGUUUCACACUGAAGCUCCAGCAAAGGCAUCUCCACAUUCGUUAAAUCCGCUCUGAGUACGCCCCGAUUACCGGGCGUGUCUCUGCUGUGCUGAUGAAGAUUCCGGUUUUUUUCAGGCUGCUCCACCUGCUUUAAACCGUAGCGGGUUUGAAUCCGAUUUAGUCUAACAGCAGCAGCAGCAGCAGCAGGAUGGCCUCCAACACUGGGACUAUGGCAAACCUCCCCAGCGGGGUCGGAAUAUGUACCACCAUCCCCGACAUCCUGUACCUGCCAGAACUGGUUUUUGGUGGUCUGGUGUGGAUCUUGGUGGCAUGCACAUUGGUAGUGCCACAAAAUCCUCAGGGCUGGGUCAUGUUUGUCUCUGUCUUCUGCUUUGUGAUGACUUUUAUCUGGAUGGUGGUGUUUGCCUGUGGGAGCCAUCAUAAUAAAGCCAGCUGGGCAGCAGCAGACUUUUUGUAUCACGGCAUUGCUGCAUUCUUCUACCUCAGUGCUUCAGUGGCGUUGGCCAAAGUGACGCUGGAUCUGAGUGGAAAACAGGGCAACUCCACGACUACACAACUACGCAACUACAAGUUGGACAUCUCUGCAGUGGUUUUUUCAUAUGUGGCAACUCUUCUCUACUUCGUCCACACAAUCCUGUCUGCCAUCCGAUGGAAAUCUUUCUAGAAGCUUCCUCCCUAUAAACCUCAUGAGCAGCACCAUAACUGAACUGAUUUUCAUUUUGUACAUACGUAAAAGCUACGGCAUGCUGAUAUGACGGGGGUUUGGUGAUGAAGACUGUCAAGUUACUGAUCUGGCUUUUCCCUCUGCUAAAAGAAGCACAAUCUGGAUCUCACUGUGCCUCACACUGCCUCAUCUCUACUGUUAACUUCCAGAAUACCAUACCACAGUAUCACUACUUAGAACCACAAGAUUAAAACCAGGGGCCACACAGUGUGUAGGUUCAUCUCUGAUCUGUGAGGGCAUGGGUACUGAUAUUUGUGUAUGUGCUGGGAUGCCAAGCACUGGAAUGUGAAGGGUGGAUCCUUUGCUCUCCUUAUCACAAUAAUAAUGGGAUCUGAGAUUAACACCUUAGAUUUGUUUCAGAUUUCAUUUGCCAUUUUAAAUAGUGAAUGUUCUCAUUUUGCAUACAUUUUUAAGUUGACAUAAAGUUUUCCAACAAAACCCUGGUUUGUAGUAAAAUAAUCAAUGCUACGUAUAUGUCAGUAGUUUUAAUGUUGUGGCUGUUUUGUGCUCAUAAUCACUACUCAAGCUCUUAUUAUAUAGAAGUGUCAGAACGCCAAAAUAAAGAAUAACCAGGAUAGGAACAGAAUGAUUGUAUAGCCAGACAUAAAAAGAUUUAUCGCUGCCCUGCAAAACUGAGCAAGCCAGCUUACUUAGAAAGAAUGAGGGACUAGAGAGACAAGCUACACAUUAACUUAGUGUCACUUUUAUUUGCUGAUAUCAGAACACCUGAUAUCAUUUGGCGAGGAAUGAACUUAUCACUUCAUUUAUCAUUCUGCUCCACUCAAUGAAAAUAAUAUUUGACAUAUUUCGUUUAAAUUAAUGUGAUAAUUAAUUUAUCAGUGAUUAAUUUCAGGUUUCCAUGGGCCCUUUACUCCUUCUCUUGUCUUCAUUAUUAUUUGGAUAACUUUGUCCUUUAAUGAAAACCUUUAGGUUGUUAUUAUUAUUCUGCUCUCAGCUGACUAAAGAAAGGAUCGGGUGGGGAAACAUUUAUAUUUUUGUAGGUUUAUUAACAUUGUCAAUAAGAACAAAAAGAAAAUCAACUGCUGAACACUACAGGAAAAUAGAUGAUAUUUUUUCUUUUUUAUUAUAAGCCUUUUUAACUUUCAGCUUAACUUUUGUCAUUUUUGAACAACAAACUGAUUUCAUUGAAAUUAAAUAAAUUUGGGGUUUUUUCUUGAAAUAUGUGUUUCUGUAUGCUAUGUUACCAGAUUUCAUAAGGUAAAUACAAUAUAGUCAGACAGAGAUUGUGGUUUGUUGAAUAGUUAUGCUACGAAUUGAGUGCUUACAAAUUUUAUGCCAAGGAGUCCAGACCAAGUCUGCUGUGACACACACAAAAGGUGAUUUUGAGAACUUGUUUUUGUAUCGGUUUGUGAACAGAUUUUUGUCAACAUAAUGCAGUUCAUGAAGUGUGACUGAUCAAUAUGUGGUAUAUAGAAACAGUAUCCAUUACAUCACCAACUUUGAGCUUUCAACUUUGAACUAGAACAGUAGUCGAGAUUUUACACAUUUCACAAACGUUCCCACCAUGUUCCCCAAUGUCUAAACACAACACCCUUUUCUAAAGCUACAUAAACACAACCACACCUUCCCACUGCAAAACUCAAACUUUCACACCGAAAGAGCAGCUCGAAGCUUUCAAAAAUGUAAACACUAUACACAUGAUUACACACUACAGCAAAACAAUUGAAAACACAAUGCUCAAUUUGUGAGAAGGUUCUUUGUUUCAUAAAAGCCAAUGCAUAUUUUUAGAAACUAUACAGUAACGGAUCGUCGUAGAUCUCUGCAGAGGAUUAGGCAUUUAGAUUUGUGAGUUUCAUAUGAAGUGUAUAAAUCUAUAGAAAAUCCUGCAUGUAUGUACACUACUGUAACACAACUCAAUGCAAAAACAGAAUCUAUUGCACACAACAGUACUCUUGAAAACAUGAUCAGGGUGUGAAGUUUUUUUUAUUUACGUUAUUCACACCACACACACCAAAUCACUGUGCAGCAUCGUGUCGCUGAGCUGCAUCGGGUCACAUCACCUCAUCCACAUCGCAGGCUAUAUUGUCUCUUGCCAGGCACCGUGGGAAAAAUGCCCCGGAAUGGCGAAUCCAUGCUUGGAAGGCCUCCGCUGGGAUGUCAACACAGGCCAGCUCCAUUGCCCUUAGGAGGUUCUCUCUUGUGUAUGGUUGUCUGUCAUAAACCUUCCAUCUCCACGAUGAGAAGAACUCCUCUAUAGGGUUCAGGAAAGGGGAGUAGGGUGGCAGACAGACGUUUAAAAAGUGGUCACUGUUGGUGGUGAACCACUCUCUGAUUUGGUUUGUUCUGUGGAAGCGGACAUUGUCUCAAAUGAUCACAUAAAUGUGAUGUGCGGGCCCAGGAUGGUGUUGUUGGCGGUCCAGGAGGAUGUCUUUUAGCUCCUCUAGGAAGGUGAGGAGACGUUGGGUGUUGUAAGACCCAAGGACAGCAUGCCGGUGGACAAGCCCCUCCGAACCCAUGGCCGCACAAAGGGUAAUA